AGCAAAAAGAAGACAAGCGCCUUCUGAGAAAGUGGAGACAAAUUGUUUGACACGCUCUCCAAGCUGAGCUCACCUCCAUGAUGAAACCUGUAUUACUGAUCUUCAACGUGGUGUGGAUAGGUAACAAGUGACUUCGUUGACAACCUUCAUUGAACGACGAUUUUCACCGACCGAGCUGGCCGAAAUCAUAUCUGUGUCGACGUCGAACGACUCAAAGCAUACAACUGUAUCUGGGUCACAUUUCGUUGUUAUGAAUAAAACUAGUCUCAACAAGUUGUUUUCAUAGCAGUGUGUACCCAAAGGGACCCGUGUCCGUAAUCCCCGUUUGAACAACCCUCACCCAGACCAGCUGGUCUUUUCCAGAACAGCUCCUGUCUGCGCAUAUUGAUGUCUUUCCCACACCAUGGGUUCAUUGGAGGAAAUCUUGGAACGAGUGCAAUACAAAUUCGCUUCCAUCAUUGGAGAACUCUGCGGGGAACCUCUCGCUUUGUCCCAGUUCGCUAUAUGGGUGGACUUAAGAUUAGCUGAGUACAAAUUAAGGGGAUCAAUAUCUCUUGAUUGCUCUGGCCAAAAACUGGAUCCAGUCUGGUUGAGAUCUCUGAAGACGCUCAACAAUGAUACCUCACAACCCCCUGCUCAAGGUUCCGUAGACCAGACUUCUCAGCCAAAGCACUUCUCUCCAGUGACCAGCAGCACAAACCCGUGCCUCUUUGUCCAUGGCCUGCCUGCUCCCUAUACUGACAGGAACACAGCUGCGCAGCACCCUCUUCCCACACCUCCUCACGCCCACUCCGGCCAGACGCCUUACACCCAUGGCCUCACACCUCUUCUUGAUAGGGCCAUACUUCCGCCAACCACACCUGCAAGACAGGAACCUGAUUCCCGCAAACGAAGUGCCUCACCCAACAUAAUGUUGGUCAAAACAGAGCCAGUAGAACACAACGAUUUCACCAUGAGUGUUCCACCGAACAAGUCUCAUCUGAAAGCAAAUGAACCCCUGUUAGCAGAAAAGGGCUCCAUCUCUCCAGCAAAGCUGGCACGUCUUCAAGAUGGGCCGCCACCACUAAAGGCCAUUGUAGAUGGUGCUGAGUUACAUUCCAGCCUGUCUUCAUGUUGUUCUGACCUGAAGUAUAUGGACACUAACCGAGAUGCAGGCUUCAAACCCGACCAGAACACAGAGUGCCUGGAAAGUGACAUGGAGCUGAUGGCGUCUACCUCAGGGAAUGGGUCGGAUGGACCUGAAGACUUGUCCACAUCUCGCUUGAACUCUGUGACGUGUAAUGGACAAGCCACAGUCAAGGAGACAGAAAACACCUGCAAGACUACAUCAGUGCUACAGCCUUUUGGAGAUUUCAGCUGCUUGAGGAACGGACCGCGCUUUUCCCAACAAUGGCAUCAGUUCGUCACCAACCGAAGCAUCAACCUCAAAAGCAUGUCCUCUGAUCGUUACAGCGGUUAUAUGGAACUGCUCAAAGUGGCGCAGUCCAAAGUACACGAGCCAAAGUCAGUGAAAGAACACAAGAUGUUGUACAAGUUUGACUUGUGGAGGGACGGGUCUACUGAACGCCUCAUCAAGAAACGGCACAAAGACACCGAUCCUGUCCGCUUCUACAUUCCGACGACCAGCUCUACCAUGCUCUCCUCGCAGUCCAUCUGGACUCCGGCCACGGGGGCAUCAAGAAAAUGCUGACACUCUGUAAGGAAAGGUACGCCAAUAUCACAGCCGAUGCGGUCAAGCUAUUUACGCACCUGUGUUACGACUGUCAAACAAGAAAGAGAACAAUUCCCCCCAAAAUCAGGGAUAACUCCUAGCAUUGGCUUUAUAAUGGUAGAAUGUUGGAUAAUUAUCUUGAUGCCAGGAUAAGGAUAGUGCCAGAUUUAGAUUCCUCUGUUAAUACCACAAAAAUAUCAGAAAUGUUUUUUAAAAGCUAAUUAGGUUGUUCAAGAGAGCUGUGAUUCUGCUUUGAAAUAGGAAAAAUUCAUUUUGAUGGAGAAAAAUUACUUCGAUGGUGAUCUCUGGUGAAAAUUUGCUAUUUGUUACUUUCAAAAAUGAAGAAUAGGUAAGCUUGUACAUGAAGCUUAGACUUUGAUUUACCAUAACAGAAGGGAUUCUCUCUUCCAUUUUUAUGAGUGUACUGGAAUGUACAAAUGCCACAACAUUAGCUGAAUAGGAUUCCUGUUUCAAGUUGAAGCUACUGUAUGCUAAGCUAAUUAUAACUACUAUGGCAACAGGCAUUAAAAAUAGACAUGGUAGUUACAAUCGUGUUCUAUGUACAUGCCAGCAACAGUAACCUGUGGAAGGAAACCCUUCAGUACAUUGUAAAGGCAAACAUGUGUACACGUGUAUUCUCACUUGCCCAGUACACAAACGUGUACAUACAUGUACACGUACAGCUACAUGUACAUACAUGUGUACACGUGUAUUCUCACUUGCCCAGUACACAUACAUGCACAUACAGCUACAUACAUGUGUACAUGUGUAUUCUCACUUGCCCAGUACACAUACGUGUACAUACAUGUACAUGUACAGCUACAUACAUGUGUACAUGUGUAUUCUCACUUGCCCAGUACACAUGUGUACACACAUGUGCACAUACAGCUACACACGUCAUUGAUACACCAUGUUUGGCCUGACCAGACAACACUGAUCAUAAGCCAGGAUAAGGUAAUAGUGCAUGUACAGGUAUGAUUGCCUGCUCAUGCGUUACAUGCUUUUAUCAUGGUGACCAUAGAUGGUACAUGUACAAGGAGAAAAACCUUUGCCAAAAGCCCCAUAUAUGUAUACAUACAUAGGUGCUCAGUAGGGCAGAUUGUGGGCCAUACAAUACCAUGUGGCACACCCAUGCACACCCACUGGAAUUAAAAGUGGGUACCUGCCCUUCCUCACUUAAAUUAGGGCUUGCCACUGUAUUUUGCUUUUUACUGAUUAUAGUUAAAUACAGUAGUACUCUACAUGUAAUUAUUAAAAUUUUCGACCGGCCCGGAUAGCACAGUGGGUAAAGUGUCCGCUUUGGGAGCGGUAGAUUCAGGAUCAAUCCUGGGUCGAGUCACACCUAAGACUUUAAAAGAGGAAGUUGUAACUUUCUUGCUUGGCAUUCAGCAUGAAGGUGAUAGUGCAACGACUGGUUGACCCGUAUCAGUAUAAUGUCUCGGGCGGGACGGCUUACUUGUCUUCGGUAAGACGUCUCAGUGAAGCAGCACUAGAUAAAAGAGGGGUGGAAAUCCGGCUGCAACAAGAAGGUACAUUACACACACCCUAAGGAUUCCUUCGUCAUCAUAUGACUGAAAAAAUUGUUGAGAACGACGUUUAAACACCAAGCACUCACUCACUCACUCAAACUUUUGGCAUAUGAAAGAGCAUCUUUCAGUGCUAUUUGUACAGAUUUAUGAUGUGAUUUUGGAGACAAAACUACAUUGGUUGGAUUGGCCCGUUUCAGAGCUUCACAAAAAGUAUAAUUUCAUCAGCCUACACAGAGUUAUGCUUUCGGAAUGUAUGCGAAAAAGGUUGAGUUCGAGUGUGAGUUUGCAAAUAUCACAUCUGCUGACAUGUUUGUAGUAUUGUACAUUAUAUGUGCACAUGUAGCUGAUGGCAAACUGCAUUGAUGACUCUAACUACACAGUGCCGCCCCCUUCAUAUACACGUAUGUGUGAGACUGUACUAUGUACACAUAUAUGCAUGAAUGUAAGUAUCACUAGUUGUAUAAUACCAGAAAAUACUGGUUGUAAAUAAGCCCUUCAAGAGCAUGGUAAAGUUAAAACACCUCCAGGCUUAACGCACAAGUCAAGAGGAUUAACAUACAUACAGAUCUUGAGAUCAGUAAAAAAAAAAAAAGGUUAGCUUUUUUCUUCCUUUUAUUUUUCCACAUCUCAGCCAGCUGUUUCGUUGAUUUUUAUUUACAAGUUACAAGAUUAUAGCUGUAGGUUGUAAAUGCAAAAAGUUUUGCAUUAAACUACAAUGAAAUGAAUAAAUAAGCAACUUUUAUAUAGGAAAUGGUCAAAUUGUAGAUGUAAGUACUUGCCAAGUUAAACUAUGGUGUCUUGAUACAAAGUUAUUUCACUAUACAUGGAGUUAGUAUAAUUAUUCAAACUUAAAAUCAAUGUAUAUUUAUUUAUUUAAUUGAUGUUUUACGUCGUACUCAAGAACAUUUUUCCUUAUAUGGCGGCGGCCAGCAAUAUCGUGGGAGGAAACAGGGCAGAGCCCGGGGGAAACCCACGACCAUCCGCAGGUUGCUGAAAUACCUUCCCCACUUACGGCCGGAGA